AUGACCGCCUUUGCCACCGCCUUCCAUAAGUGCGCUGCUGCAGAAGAAGAGGUCACUCAAACGACAGACACCGUCGUGCGAUUGGCCGAGUUGCAGGACUUCGGUGGUUUCUGGAAUAUGGACAAAAAGCUCUCAGAGCUGCUCAAUUUAACUACUGGCCAAAUGAGCUCCACGAGGCCCUCAGAAGUGAAGGACGAUCGGAUGUGGGCAACGGCUCUGGUGAUUGCGUACUUGCAAGUGCGAAUGCCUGACCGACGCGAGGAGUGGGAGAUGAUGGUGCAGAAGGCGACGGAUUGGCUGCAGAUGGAGCACAACUGGACUGACGCGAGUCCGCUGCUCGGAGACGCUGAAAAGGCUCUUGCAAAACUUCUGCCGUCGCAGUGA